AGCCGAGUCAGCACCAGCUGACAAACGUUACCGAGUCGACAUUAGUCGACACAGGCCGGGCGAAGCUCAGCUUUGCAUAUCGGACCUAUCCUUAGCAUUGCACAAGUUGUCUGAGUUCAUCCUAUCCAAAACAGCACAACAUUAGAAUAGGCGCAUAUUCCCGACUUCGACGAGAUCAUCAGAGAUGGAACCGGCCUGCAACCUCUUCUGCAAAUGCCAUGUUAACGACCCUCCCUGCUACAUGUGUGUCAUCCUUGACUGUACCAUAGUGAGACCAAUGGAUGACAUGGUUCUUCAGCCGUCUGCUCCUGUCUUGAGUGGCGAUCUCGAGUUUUUCUCUCCUAGCAGUCUUGAAGAGGAUGAGAAGAUGGGACCUUUUCAGAGAGGACCAGCCAAGCCCCCACCUUCAGCGUCCUCAGGUGAAUCUUUCGUGACAUUCCGUCUUGGAGAGGCGAAGGAGGAGGGCGUAGGAAACGAUGCCCCAGGAGGAGAAGGAGGAGGGGGAGAGAGGAGAUGCCUGUCCCCUGUCACCGGCCGAUGCCCCCAAACAGUUCCCGGCAUCACUCCUUUUCCUGCCCGAAUAAAGAGGGUUUCCCGAAAGCGCAUUCUUGCUUCGCGCCCUCCUCUUCCUCUUCCCUCCCCUCCAUCUUCUCCUCCUCCUCUUCUUCCUACCCACUCUCCUCUUCCUUCUCCUCCCCAUUCACCUCUUCCUCCCCGCUCUCAUCUUCCUCCUCCUCCCCAUUCACCUCUUCCUCAUUCUCCUCCUCCUUUUCUCCCUCGCCCAUUUCUCCUUCCCUCUUACAAGCGGGAAAAGAACACGUCUGACGCCCCUCACAGAGAAAGGUCUUCGCGAAACAGUCGUCGAGAAAUGAACUCCAGAGAAAACCGAAAUAAAGUGUACAAAGACCAAUGGGACAACCUAGCGUCGAGGAUGACGUCCAUCGCAAAAGUAUCUUCGUGAAACGACCCGAAGACUCAAAUAUUUGUGUGUAUACAUAUAUGUGUGUGUGUGUGUAUAUAUAUGUGUAUAUAUAUAUAUGUAUAUAUUUGUUUGUAUAUAUAUUUGUAUAUAAGAUAUAUAUGUAUAU